AUGAACAACAAAGAAGCUUGGAGAAGUUUAGAUGCUGACUUACAUACCAUCCUAGAGUCGACUCUAAUGGGAAGCAUAGAAAGGAAGGUUGAGGCAAUGGGAACUAUCAUCUACACAUUCUGCAAGGAACGAUUCGGAGUAGGAGGAAAGCAGAGAAAUCCCAAGAACGUAGUUAUCCCGAAUAGAAGACAGGAUAACAUCCAACGACUCAGGCGAGAACUGAAAGCAGUCACACGACAGUACAGGAGGGCAAGUGAUAUAGAGAGGAUAGGAUUACAUCAGCUGCGGGACGACAUCAGGGAGAACUUGGCAAGACUCAGGAAAGCAGAGCAGGUUAAGAAGGCAAGGAAGGAUAGAGCAAGGAAGAGGGAGUCCUUUAUCAAGGACCCUUAUUCUUUUACAAAGACUCUGCUGGGAGGGGAAAGAUCAGGCCGUUUGGAUAGUUCAACAGCAGAUAUUGAGCAACACCUGAGGGAAACGCACGGAGAUGAAGAUAGGGGCAUUCCACUUGGGAACUGUCCACGGAUAGAAGCAGAGGAGCCGCCAGAGUUUCCGCUUGACACCAAGGAACCAACUUGGAAGGAGAUCCAAGAUGUUGUUAAGAAGGCAAGAACUGGUUCAGCUCCAGGCCCAAGUGGAAUUCCUUAUAAAGUGUAUAAGAAGUGCCCACGGCUUUUGAGGAGACUAUGGCAGUUACUGAGGAAAGUGUGGAAGAAGGGGAAGAUACCACCAUGUUGGCAGAAGGCAGAGGGAUGUUUUGUUCCAAAGGAGAAGGACUCAAAACACAUCGGGCAGUUCAGGACAAUUUCCUUGCUGAGUGUUGAAGGCAAGAUUUUCUUUGCAGUAUUGGCAAGAAGGAUGACAUCAUACAUGAUGACCAAUGGAUACAUUGACACAUCAGUACAGAAAGGAGGUAUCCCAGGCUUUUCAGGUUGUGUGGAGCAUACCAGUGUGCUCAGCCAACUAAUCAGAGAGGCCAAGUCCAGCCGAGGGAAUCUGACAGUAGUGUGGCUAGACCUGGCAAACGCAUACGGAUCAAUACCACAUGAGCUGAUUGAAGUAGCCCUACAACAUUACUUUAUCCCGGAGCAUAUACAGGGAAUAGUACGAAGCUACUUCAGUGGAAUCCAGGUGCGCUUUACUGUCGGGGAGGAUACAACAUCCUGGCAAAACAUGGAGAAAGGAAUAGUGACAGGAUGUACCAUAUCAGUCAUUCUAUUUGUCAUGGGGAUGAAUCUUAUCAUCAAGGCAGCAGGACGGGAAACCAGGGGGCCGAGGACAGAAUCAGGAAUCUACCAACCUUCGAAUCGAGGUUUUAUGGAUGACCUGACUGUGACUACCACCACACAUGUCCAAGCAAGAUGGGUUCUUUCUGCAUUGGAGGAGGUAGUCUCAUGGGCGAGGAUGAAAUUCAAGGCAAGAAAAUCAAGGUGCAUGAUAAUGAGGAAGGGACGACUGACACAACAGUUCAAGCUGAAAGUACAAGGAGAAGAGAUCCCAUCAAUUGCGGACAACCCAAUCAAGUGCCUAGGAAAGUGGUUUGAUGCAUCACUGAAAGAUACCAGCAACAUCAGCAGCAUGCAGAAGCAGGCAAUUGAGUGGAUGAGGAAGAUUGACAAGUCAGGCCUGCCAGGAAAGUUCAAGGCAUGGAGGUGGCUUGGAGUCCCGUCCAGUUUCUCCAGCAUUGGGCUCUACAGCCGGACAUCAUCACUGCAACUCCCACUGUCAUCGUUGGUGAAGGAGUUCAAGGUAACAAAGGCCAGACUAGUGAUGACGCUGCGAGAUUCAAAGGACGUGAAGAUAAGAAAUGCAGGAAUCCAGACUAGGACAGGAAGGAAAUGGUCUGCAAGCCAGUCUGUGGAGCAGGCCGAGGGCGCUCUCAAGCACCGGGACAUCGUCGGAGCAACCUGCUCAGACCGGCAAGGGUUGGGGACAACCCAUUUCCAGACAUGGGAAGGAUCAGAUGAUAAGGAGAAAAGAUCUCUGGUACAGGGAGAAAUCCGCAGAGAAGAAGAAGGGACCAGGAAAGCAAGGGCAGUGGAAAUGGGCUCUCAAGGAGCAUGGACGAAAUGGAAGCUGCCGGAGCGAAAACUUACAUGGACAGACCUGUGGCGCUAUGAACCAUUGAGGAUCCAGUUCCUGUUGCGGUCAGUAUAUAACACUUUACCAUCGCCAGCGAACCUUCAUCUGUGGGGACUAGUCGAAGAGCCAAAGUGUCAGCUAUGUCAAGAACGUGGGACCAUGGGCCAUAUCCUUUCGGCAUGCAAGACAGCGCUAACACAGGGACGAUACCGGUGGAGACAUGACCAGGUGCUUCGGGAAUUGGCAGAUGUUCUCGAGGUGGAAAGGAAGAAGAAGAGACCACCUCGUAAGCACAAACCAUCCUUCAUCCGGUUUGUAAAAGCAGGUGAGAAGGAGACGAAAGCAACAUCAGGCAACACUGGCAUUCUGGAAGGGGCAGAGGCAUGGGAGAUGAGAGUUGACCUGGGGAAGAAAUUGGUGUUUCCGGACGUCGUACAGACAACGCUACGUCCGGAUGUGGUGAUAUGGUCUGCCGAAUCCAGGCAGAUUAUAGUCAUCGAGCUGAGGAGCGGUGCGAUCAGGCCAAUGAGAGAAAGAGAGCCAAGUAUACGGAGCUCAUGGAACAAUGUAGGGAGCGAGGGUGGCUUCUUGGCUGUUUCCUGUGGAGGUCGGAUGCAGAGGGUUCCCGGCACGCUCAGCCUGGAAGACAUUGCAGGCUGUGGGAUUAGUUGGAAAGACACGCAAGACGGCGGUGCGCAGGCUAGCAGAGGCUGCCGAGCGCGCAUCAUGCUGGUUGUGGAACAGACGGGAGGAGAAAGACUGGAAGCCAUCCAUUGA